CAGCGGUGAGCAGCUACCGUCACCACAGAACCGGAAGUGAAAUGCAGCUCUCGGCCCAAGAUGGCGGGUAUCCACCGCGAACUGCAGGACUACUUGGCGCAGGGGAAAGCGGGCGGACAGGCGGCCACAGAGCCGCUGCUCACCGCGGAAAAGGCAGAGGAAAACCAGGCGGAAGACGGGACAGUAGGGGCGUGGCUGGCCCUGCGCUGGAAGUGGGCGCGGAGCACCACGGGGCCGGAGACGGGCCUCACUUGUCUGCCCAAAGUGACGCGCGCGCAGCGGCUGGCGGCGAGCGGCGUGUGUCUGCUACUGGCCACGCUCUGCUUCGGCCUGGCCGCGUGCUACGUGCCCGUGCUCCUGCUGCGCGCCCGCAAAUUCGGGAUACUCUGGUCGCUAGGCUCCGCGUUAGCCCUGGCUGGAGGAACGAUGCUGCGGGGCGGGGCAGCGUACAGGUGUCUACUGAGUUGCGAGGAGGCGCCCUCGCGGGCUGUGAUGUCCUACGUGGCUACGCUGGGCGCUACGCUGUACGCGGCGCUGGGCCUACGCAGUACGUUCCUCACGGCACUAGGCGCCUGCGCACAGGUGGCCGCGCUGUUGGCUGCCUUGGUUGACCUGCUUCCUCGAGGCGCCGGCACAGCACUUCGCUUACUGCUGGGGCGGAUGUGCUCCAGUAGUGGCCUUGCCAAAACGCUACCAGUUUGAGAAGCCAGCGCCAGCGCCCUGAGCCGAGGACCGCAGCUGCCAGCUCCCAGACCACGCAGGCAGAGACCGCCUUCACCGUGCCAGCCAAUCUGUAGACACGGAGCGGCAGAUAAGAGCAGUUUCGAAAAAUCAAUUUCAGCUUUUUCUUCUACACUCGGUAGCUUGUGCUCUGAAAAUGAGACUUGGUCAUUGAGUUGGUGAUAUGCUGUAAAACAUGAAUUGCUUAUGCAUUAACUGUGGUUAAUGUAAGACCACAGUAAAUGUAAGCUCACAGUAUUAAAAAAAUGCCUCUAAUUAGCUGCCCUUGUGACUUUUCUUAGAUUUUUCUUUUACCUUAUAUUAAAAAUAUAGUGGUAGGUUUUAGUUUAUAUCAGCUUGUUUUCUUUGGUUGUUGAAAAUUAUUUUCAAUGUGAGGUGAAUCCAUGAUAGUACCGAUUUAAACAUAAAAUUUAGCCAUCUGACUUUUUGUAAAUAUUUUAGUUAAAAAGGCUUUACCUCGUUUUUUUUCUAUUAGCGAAAUCGUAAAUAUUGUGCCUUAUAAAGUUAGAGGAAAAUUGUACUAAUAAUGAAAGCGAUGGACCUAAAAAUCUUUAUUGAUAGCAAAAACAAGUGAUAGACCUUAAAAGGACGUGUUCUGCCCCAAGAAUCACUGUAUCUAGUAAGGUGCAGAGAGAUUCCUGGAUAGAACUGUGGUGACGGACCCCUGGGAGAAAGAAUUCUACAUCCAGAGUUCCAUGUUUGAUGGAAACCAGUCUAAUCAAAAUUCUUAAUUUUACUAUCUGCUUUUUAAACUAACUUGUAAGCCAAUCCUAAUAAAAUGUAAGAUGCUUUUCAUA